AAAACUGGGUUGUUGACGUUGAUCCGGUGACAGUUAGUUGCCGUAAGGAUGCGAGAGAACGCACGGGGGUUGUCAGCGUUUUUCAGAGCUUGAUUGCUCCACAACCAGGAGUGUGUUGACACCAACCGAUACCUCUCAGGAAAGCCCUCGCGACGACGUACCUCCAAAACCACCUUUUCGGCAGUGGUACAGCAGUACCCUCCUGGUUGUGGAGAAAACACUCGGUGAAAAACACUUGACACCCUCGUGCAUUCUCUUGGCAUCCUUGCGGUAGUUGUCGUCCCCUAUCAAGGGGUCGGAGAGGGGGGGGGAUGAGUUUUCAUGCCCACCGGACCCCCUUAUGCUAUAUCCUACCAAGGAUUAUGGCAGAGGGGCAGGGGGGAGCCGGACAUACUCGGUUGCAAUCUGUGCGCCCUUUAGAAGCCGAAAUCGAAAAUGUAUCUAAUGGAUUGAUGUCGGCUUCUAAGAAAGUCGGCUGACUAAUUAGUUUAAUGCUUUGAUUUCGGAUUCUGAAGCCCUCCUCGUGUAUAUAUGCAGAGGCUAACGUCGGGAAGAGGGGUGUUGUGGUCAACGGUCAAUUGAUACAAUCUAACUUCAACCAACCUCCCUCUCUCUCACUCCGACACUGCAGAUUUCACGCCGAACGCGAACAAGUGCGACCGAUCUUGACCUCCAAGUUUGGCGCCUCGUUCGCGGACACUUACGUUUCGGACUUCCUCUUCGCGUAC